GUUUGUUCGUCACCGAACGUGCGCGUCCCGCCGCUGCCGACGCGCUGUGCGUUUUUCUAUCCGCAUGUGACAGAGUUGAAACUAUAUCUUGUAUUUUAUGUAUAUAUCUACUAUCGUGAUAGUGAAUUUAUCGGUUUAAAUUGUGAUUAUUAAGAAAGAUCCAGUCAGUUGACACAAUGUUAAGAUCUCCAGAGACAUGCGCUUGUCCAAUCCAAGAAGUAGGCCCGUCGAUGGCGGGAUCAUGCCCCAGUCAAUACCUGCUGUUCAUGACGAUAUUGGAAGCUUUCAUAAAUAGCCGCUGUGACCUUGCGGAUCCGUGUAAGAGGAUCAACAGUAGGGAAGAAUUGGAUGACAGUUAUGAUUUCAUAGUUGCGGGCGGCGGCACCGCAGGAGCAGUAGUUGCCGGUAGAUUGUCGGAGAAUCCUCAAUGGAAGGUGUUAUUAAUAGAAGCGGGGGGUGAUGAACCAACUGCUUCAUCUGUGCCAGCGUGGGUGACAGCGUACUGGGGUCGAGAGGACACUGACUGGAUGUAUUAUACGGAAUCUCAAGAGAAGGCUUGUUUAAUGGACGAGGGCAAAUGCUACUGGCCAAGAGGGAAAAUGCUAGGCGGGUGCUCAGUGAUCAACGGUAUGAUGUAUCAACGGGGUCAUAGUGCGGACUACGAUGCAUGGGCGGUGAACGGCGCGACUGGCUGGUCCUGGUUCGACGUGCUGCCGUACUUUCUCAGGAGUGAGGACAAUAGGGAGAUUGGUAAAGGAAUAUCCGGCCAGUAUCAUAAUACUGGUGGGCCGAUACCAGUUCAGAAGUUUCGUUAUGCACCGCAGUUCGCUCACGACGUUGUGUCCGCUGCUAUUGAGAUUGGUUACCCGCCUACCAGCGACCUCAACGGAGAAACCAUUACAGGUUUCACUAUAGCGCAAACCAUGAGUGAUGGUUCCCGCUACAGUACAGCGCGCGCAUUCCUUCGCCCAGGAGCGAAACGCCAGAACCUUCACGUCCUGCUCAAUGCUCACGUGUCCAGAGUAAUAGUGGAUCCCGCUAUCAAGAAAGUCCUAUCUGUCGAGUACAUCAAGAAUGGAGAGACCAAAACUGUAGGCGUAAAUAGAGAGGCAAUUAUAUCAGCAGGCACUCUGAACUCUCCUCAAAUUCUUAUGCUCUCCGGCAUUGGUCCUAAAGAGACUCUAGAUAAGUUCAAUAUACCAACCAUCAAGGAUUUGCCUGGAGUGGGCCAGAAUCUACAGAACCAUGUGGGUCUUGAGAUGAAGUUCACGUUAAAUAAGCUAGCAGAUAUACCUGAAUUGAACUGGGCUACUGCUAUGGACUACAUGUUGAAACGAGAAGGGCCUUUAUCGGGAACUGGAUUAUCACAGCUAACUGGCAUAGUGAACUCCAAAUAUGCCUCGUCGGGUGGUAGAGAUCCUGAUCUUCAAUUCUUCUUUGGGGGAUUCUACGCUGGUUGUGGAAGUGGUGACGUGAUAGACCCAGAAUCUGAUCUGAGUGAUAAAAGAGAAGUGACCAUAUCAGGUAUCAACCUUCAUCCUCGCAGUCGAGGAUACAUAAGCAUCAAAUCUGUGGAUCCUUUACAACCUCCAGUGAUGCAGCCCAAUUACUUCUUAGAUGAACACGAUCUCGACGUGCUCGUAGAGGCUGGAAGAAUAGCUUAUAGACUAGCUAAUUCUACGAUCUUACGAGAAAAAUACGGUAUGACUCCGUCAGAAGAGCACGGCAAAGAGUGUAAGGGCGGCGGUGUGAAUCCCACCGACGAGUUCUUCAAAUGUCUCGCGAUGCAGCACACUGCUCCAGAGAACCACCAGGUGGGAACUUGCAAGAUGGGCCCCGAGUCCGAUCCGAUGGCUGUUGUGGAUAUGCAGUUGAAAGUUCACGGGAUUGAAGGUUUGCGAGUUGUGGAUGCUUCAAUUAUGCCUACUGUAAUAUCCGCAAAUACAGCAGCACCAACAAUAAUGAUAGGGGAGCGCGGAGCUGAAUUCAUUCGUACUCGGCAUCAGCGUUCGAAGAACACGCCGGAGGAUGUGGCCAACAGAUUUGGUGACGGUGCAGAUACGAACGCGAGUGGAAAUUACGCCAGUAACGAAGGGGACAACGGGAAUAGGUGGACAUUUGGUGACUACGCAAGCAAUGAAGCCAAAGACGACAAGUUAACGAACAAUCACAACUUCCACUCUUGGGACCACCGGUGGAAACCGUGGGAGAAGGAUUUCCCUUCCAAUAGACAGUGGGACCAUAAAAACCAAUAUUUCCAACCUAACAAUCAAUGGUACAAACAUCAAAAUAUACCCUCGCCGAGCCAGAAUUAUGAGAAUUCUAGAUAAAAGAUUGUUAGUGUAUUGUUCCUAUUGUAACUAAUAUUUAUCGCGCUUCAUAUGCAAUAGAAAUGAUAUUACUUUUUACAUGGAAAAAUUUAAGUUAUUACUAAUUACCAUCAGUGAUAUUUACAGGAUAUUAAUAUUACUUCUCAAGCAAAUACUAUUUACUUUAAUAACUAGUAUUCUAAAUGCAAUAGGUUCUGUUACUUAAGUAUAUAAAAACAAAUAAUGUACAAUAUAAGAAUACUUUUAUUAUCUUAAGUUAUUAAAUCGAUACAAAAUAAA